AUGGCAAGCAAAAUGAAGAAAGAGAAAGUAGCCAUCAUUGGAAGCGGUCUUAUUGGACGGUCCUGGGCAAUGCUGUUCGCUGGCGUUGGUUAUCAGGUGAUCAUCUACGAUAUCAUACCCGAGAUUGUGGAAAAGGCACUGAAGGAAACGAAGCUGGAACUGGACAGCAUUGAGAAGCAGGGUCUUCUUCGGGGCAAUCUGUCGGCGGCGGAGCAGUUUGCCUGUAUUAGCGGUACGGACAAUCUGAAGGAUGCCAUCACGGGGGCUCUCUACGUGCAGGAGUGUGUCCCGGAGCGGCUGGAUAUCAAGAAGAAGCUGUAUACCGAGGUGGAUGGACUCGUAGGGCCGAACACGAUCCUGGCCAGCUCGACCAGCACCUUUAUGCCUUCGUUGUUUAGCGAAGAUAUGAAGCAUCGUGCUCAGGUUCUGGUAGCUCACCCGGUGAACCCUCCGUACUAUGUCCCUCUGGUGGAAAUCGUCCCAGCCCCGUGGACCAAACCCGAGUAUACGACAAAAGCACGCGAGCUCAUGACGGAAAUUGGUCAGAAGCCGGUUACGUUGUCUCGUCAGAUCGAAGGCUUUGCCCUGAACCGCAUCCAGUAUGCGAUCCUCAACGAAACCUGGCGCCUGGUGGCGGACGGUAUACUAAGCGUGAAGGACAUUGAUGUGGUAAUGUCGGAGGGGUUGGGCAUGCGGUAUGCAUUCCUUGGACCGCUUGAAACGGCACAUCUGAAUGCAGAAGGUAUGCUGAACUACUGUGAUCGGUACUGUAACACGAUCUACGCCGUCAGUCAAACGAUGGGCCCAACGCCACGAAUGGAGGGCAAGGUAGCGGAACAGGUGGCCAAGGAGCUGGAGGAGAUGGUACCGAUCGACAAACUGCCCGAGCGUCGUGCAUGGCGCGAUGCCUGUUUGACGAAGCUGGCACAGCUGAAGAAGAAUAUUUAA